UCUCUUCUUGUACCAUCAUAUCAGCCCCUAGUAAAAUUAGGGUCUCCACGGUAGUUUUACCCAUUUAAAUAUUUUCACUUUCCCAUGAAUCAUUUCACUUACCAGAACCUCUCUCCUUCCACGCGCAAGAAAUCGCAUCCAAACCCUUAAAGAAAUCCGCCGCCGCUGUUUAACACCGUAAUCGGUACCAUUCAAGCCUUUCUCAAACUCAAACUAAGCCAUUCAUUCUCUAUUUUCUAAAUAUACAAAGAAAAUCACUAAAAACAGUUCUCACCACAGACAAAGCAAACUAGAAUAACUCUAUAAUACCUUGCUCCGUCACCGAACACCGCCUUCGCCUGCCGUCCAAUCAGCCACCGGUUUUGACUCGCGGCUUGUCCUCGACUUUGAUGGCUUCCCCACUAUCCGGAUUUUGACUAGUGCUUUGGUUUCAAAGAUCUGUAAGGGAUGGCUCCUCCUUUUAAUUGCUUCUCCGGUUUCUUUCUUUCUUUGUUUGCUGACUUUUGGUUUGGUUAUGGGUGUUGAUUUAGGGGAUCGGUUAGGAGGUAGUGUGGUAGGGAUUAGAAAUGGUGAUAGUGUACGUGUGCGGUGAUAUGGUUGUGACAGGCUUGAGUGGGGGUUUGCUGGGUUAUUCAGGGUUUAGGGAUGGUGCUAAUAGUAGUUUAGGUGAUGCAUGUUGAACAGUGAGUGAAGGUUGUUGGGUUAAUGGCUGGAGUUUGGGGUCAAUAGAGCACAUGUUUCGUGUGAGACUAUGGUUGUGAAGGAUGGUGUUUACUGGUGGACUCGAUAAGGCUUGGUUAGUAGGGGUUUAAGAGAGGGCCAUUUGGUGGCCGCAAUGGGGCUAAGGAUGAUAGUCAGAGAGGGAGUAGGGAUGGUGGGAGCCGAGAGGAGAGAGUUGUUGGGUUGGCGCAGCUUUGUUUCCUUGUACUCUCUCUCUCUUACUAACCUCCUUUAUGCCUUUUUCAGGUGCUGUUUUAAUUAUUGGCUGAGAUAAACAAACCCUAGACUGGUUGAAUCAGCUAAGCCAACCGGAAGCCGAGAUGUCGUCGACUCUACUCGAGGUGACUCGGGCUGCUCAUGAAGAUGUGGAACAGCUUGAGCGGCUUAUAGUGAAGGACCUGCAAAAUGAUCCGCCUACUGCCAAAGAUAGAUUGUAUCAGAGCCACCGCGUCCGCAAUAAUAUUGACACCAUCAUCUCCACCACUGAGAAGCUAAUUGAGAUAUACGAAGAUAAAGACAAUGCUAGGAAAGAUGAAAUUGCUGCUCUUGGAGGUCAAACGGCUACUGGAAUUAAUGUCUUUAGUGCAUUUUAUGAUAGAUUGAAGGAGAUUCGUGAGUACCAUAGAAAGCACCCGGCUGCUCGACUUGUCAAUGCUAAUGAAGAUGAUGAGGCUUUACUCAAGGAAGAACCAGUUAUUGAGUUCAGUGGCGAGGAAGCCUUUGGUCGGUACCUGGACCUGCACGAAUUGUUCAAUCAGUACAUUAAUUCUAAAUUUGGAUCCAAAAUUGAAUACUCAGCUUACCUCGACGUCUUUUCACAGCCGCACAAUAUCCCUUGGAAAUUGAAGUCAACACGGCAAUACAGGGAGUACAUGGAAAAUUUGCUGGAGUAUCUUAUUUACUUCUUUCAGAGGACUGAACCACUGCAAGAUCUUGACAGAAUCUUUUCCAAGGUUGAGGCUGAGUUUGAGGAGCAGUGGGCUAAUGGCCAGGUACAAGGAUGGGAAAAGCAAGGUCAAGAAAAUGAAGAUGAUCCUGCGCAACAUACCAUGAUUGAUCUUGAUUAUUACAGUACAGUUGAAGAGCUUAUGGAAGUGGGUCCAGAAAAGUUAAAGGAGGCUUUGGCAUCAUUAGGACUAAAAACUGGUGGUACUGUCCAGCAGCGUGCAGAGAGGCUUUUCCUAACCAAGCACACACCUCUGGAAAAGCUGGACAAAAAGCAUUUUGCAAAAGGCUCACUCGGACCUCGACAAAAUGGGUCUACUGCAGUUUCACAAGACAUUAACAGUCUGAAACAUAUUGCAUUGAUGGAGGCCAAGAUGAAGAAACUCGCUGAUUUACUGAGUAAGACAAUUGAACAAACAAAAGAAAAUGUGGUAAAGAAGCAAGCAUUGACGUAUGAGGAAAUGGAACAAGAACGUGAGGAGGAAGAGACACAAGUUGACACGGAAAGUGAUGAUGAAGAUCAACAGAUCUAUAAUCCUCUUAAAUUGCCAAUGGGUUGGGAUGGCAAGCCUAUACCUUACUGGCUUUACAAACUUCAUGGUCUUGGUCAGGAGUUUAAGUGUGAGAUUUGUGGGAACUACAGCUACUGGGGCCGUCGGGCUUUUGAGAGGCAUUUCAAAGAAUGGCGGCAUCAGCAUGGCAUGCGAUGCCUUGGUAUUCCGAACACCAAGAACUUUAAUGAAAUCACCAAUAUUCAGGAAGCACAAGAAUUGUGGGAGAAGAUACGAGAACGGCAAGGAGUGAACAAGUGGCGUCCAGAUCUUGAAGAAGAAUACGAAGAUAAAGAGGGCAACAUUUAUAACAAGAAGACGUAUACCGAUCUGCAGCGGCAGGGACUGAUUUAAAGACGCUUGUGUUGAGAGUUAGAUGUUUCCCAUGCCUCGGGACAUGGUUCUUAAUUUUGUUACCUGUCAACCUUGAUCAUGUAUGUAUGAUUAAUGCUUUUGUGGCAACCCUGAGGGAUAGAGGUUAGAAGAGUUUGUAAGACAGUUGUCUGAAUUUGUAGCUCAACAAAACUAAUUACUUAGUUCAAAGUAACAGUUAAACCCUGGAAAA